UCGUGGGGUGUGAGCGCGAGGUGCAGGUUGACCUACGCGCACUGCUUAACGUUACCUGUAAACAAAGACAAAACAAAACAUGGAAACGUCAGCCAGCAUGCAGUUUCAAGGAUACUCUCUUAUAGCACGACUUCAACGCUGGCUGGAGAUCAGCGUUUGAUCCAACAUCCUGAUACACACAGUGUGGACAGAGGCACUGCUCAGAGUUUACACAUGUAAUAAGUUAAUCAACAAACCAUCAUCCUCCACUAUGGCGAGCCCGGACCCUGUCAACCCUUCACAUGCUACAUUUGACAAUUUCAUCCAAGCCCAGACUUGUAAGGAUGUGAAGCAUCACUUUGCUGAGCUCUGCAGGCAACUGGACAUCAAUCCCAAGGAUUUCAGGAGCUUCUACAUCAAGUUAAAGGAAAGAUUGAACUAUUGGAAGGCCAAAGCCCUGUGGACGAAGCUGGACAAAAGGGCAUCUCACUCAGAUUACCAGCAAGGAAAAGCCUGCACCAAAAACAAGUGUCUUGUGUUGGGUGCAGGGCCGUGUGGGCUGAGAACGGCCAUCGAACUGUCCCUGUUGGGGGCUCAGGUGGUGGUGUUGGAGAAAAGAGAGUCUUUCUCCAGGAACAAUGUUCUACACCUGUGGCCCUACACUAUUUAUGAUCUCCGGGGGCUCGGAGCCAAGAAGUUCUACGGCAAAUUCUGCACUGGGUCUCUGGAUCACAUCAGCAUCCGUCAGCUACAGUUGAUUCUACUGAAAGUGUCACUUCUCCUCGGGGUGGAGGUGCACACCGGAGUGGAGUUUCGGGGCUUGAUUGAGCCCUCAGAAGAAAACGGUUGGAUGGCUAGGCUGCACCCUGGGUCUCAUCCUGCUGCACACUUCCAGUUUGAUGUCUUCAUCUCUGCUGGAGGAGGCAGGUUUGUUCCUGAAGGUUUCAAGCACAAGGAGCUAAGAGGCAAGCUGGCUAUCGGCAUCACUGCCAACUUCUACAACAGACACACCGCUGCUGAGGCCCAAGUAGCAGAGAUCAGCGGUGUGGCCCGCAUCUACAACCAGAAGUUCUUCCAACAGCUACUAACUGAGACGGGUAUUGAUUUGGAGAAUAUUGUCUACUACAAAGACGACACCCACUACUUUGUCAUGACUGCCAAGAAGAAUAGCUUGUUGAAGAAGGGGGUCAUUAAACAGGACUACAGUGAUGCAGAGGAGCUGCUGGCUCCCGCAAACGUGGAUCAUGAGGCAUUGUGCCGCUAUGCCCAUGCUGCCGCCUACUUCUCUACAGGUGGCAAACUGCCUGACCUCCAGUUUGCUCAGAACCACGCCGGCAAGCCAGACGUGGCCAUGUUUGACUUCACCUGCAUGCACCGGGCUGAGAAUGCCUCUCUGGUCAGGGAGAGGAAGGGCAAAAAAUUGUUGAUGGCUCUUGUUGGAGAUUGUCUGGUGGAGCCUUUCUGGCCUCUGGGUACAGGUAUUGCCCGUGGGUUUCUAGCUUCUUUUGACACAGCAUGGAUGGUGAGGAGCUGGGGCAUGGGGGUCCCACAUCUCAAGGUCCUGGCUGAGCGAGAAAGUGUCUACCAGGUCCUGUCCCAGACCACACCAGAAAACACCAGCAAAAACUACGCUGGUUACAGCAUCAACCCCAAAACACGGUACAUGAGAGUCAACCUCUCCUCCAUCCAGACCAACCAGGUGCUGCACCUAUAUGAUGUGGAUAAAUCCAAUCCAAAGAAACAGAACGUGUUUUCUCCCACACGGCAAGAUUCAGUCAGUGGUUGUGAAGAGUUGUUGAAAUGGUGCCAGAAACACACUGCGGGUUAUGAGAAUGUGGAUGUGAAAGAUUUUACCCAAUCCUGGACGUCAGGGCUGGCUCUGUGUGCUCUAAUCCACCACUUCAGACCUCAGCUCAUUAACAUGUCGUCCCUGAAUGAGUCCAGUGCUGUUCACAACAACCAAAUGGCUUUCAGCAUCUUGGAAAAGGAGCUCGGAAUCCCACCUGUCAUGUCUGCCAGUGACUUAGCCAAAAAAGGUCAGAUAGACAAGCUGUCCAUGGUCCUCUACCUCACCCAGGUCCAAAAGGCCUUCACUGUCGCAGCAAAAGACCCUGCAGGCAUCCUGCCAUCGUCCAAGCCUCUGACUCUCUCCCGGACACAGUCAGCUGUGCUUUUCCUGAACAAGCUGAAGCUCAACUCUCUGCAAAGACGCAAGGAAAAGCUGGCAUCUUUGAAACGAGAAAGAGAGACAAAGAUGGAAGAUGUGGCCAGUAUGGAGGUGCUUCCUGUGUCCCCUGAGCUCAGUCCUGAGCCUGAGCCUGAGCCUAAGCAUGAGCCUGAGCCUGAGCCUGAGCCUGAGCCUGAGCCUGAACCAGGUAGCAGCGAGGAGUGUUACUUCUGUGGUCAGAGGGUCUAUGUGCUGGAGCGUGUCAGUGCUGAGGGCAAGUUUUUCCAUCGGAGCUGCUUCACCUGCCAUCAGUGCUCCAUCACACUCAGGCACGGAGGAUACACCUUUGACCAGACUACAGGGAGAUUUUACUGUGAGCUGCAUUCUGAAGAGCUGGAGCUGGAAAAUUGGGCUGAAACAUCUUGCAAGGAUAGUGAAGGACAUCACAAAGGCGCAAAUGAAGAGAAUGGGCUUUCCAGUGAUUAUACACCUUCUCCAUCUGAUGAGGAGUAUGAGCACACUCUGGACUGUGGCCUCUCUAUUCACACAGAGUCACAUAAACCUGAAGGACAGGACCACCAUAUACUUAAAUCCAAAGAAGAGCCUCAAGAACCACAAGUAUCAAAAACUCCCACAGAUCCUAAAUCUAAAACUGAGGUAGCAGGACCCCCUGAGGAGAAAGAAGAACUUCCUACCACGAUGCCCUAUCCUGUCCCCAAGCCCCGCCACUCUCGGCAAAAUGUACCUAGCCCUCAGCCCUCUCCUCCAAGAGCAAAACCUCGCACAGUCCACAUUUUCAACACUUCGACUACAGAAAAACAUUCCUCUCCAACCCCUACAAAAGAGGCAGCACAAGACUCCCGGCCGAAGCAAUCGCUCCGAAAGCUUCAGCUGACCGAUGAGGAGAAAACCCAGCUGGUGAAUCUUGAGAGUUUCAGCGCCGACUCAGACUCCGAGACCCCUGGUGGAUCCUCUUCCUGCUCCUCUUCCUCUGCAACUGCAGGAGGUCCAAGCCCCCCUAAACCAGAGGGCCUUGAUGGGCAAGAAGAGGAGGGCUACUGGAGUGGGAGCACCGCUAGUCACAUGCGGGAGAAGAGGAAUCGACGCUGCUUCAGGAGAAAAGAGACGCCAAGUGGACAAACCAAAGUACGAUCCAAGUUUUCCCCCUGGAAUCUCUCUUCCCCGAGGAUCAGUAGAGACACCCGGCUCAGUGUCCACAUCAAUCAUCCUGGCAGAGUGGAAACAACAUUCAGACAUGUUCACAGCCCCUCAGAAGAGGGUGUUGAUGGAGAUGAUGACGACGAUGAUGAUGAGAUGUUUGGACAAGACGAUAGUGACUUAUUUGAUGAGAAGUUUCAGACGGUGCCAUCAGAUCCUGUUGAGGCUGAGAAGUUGGAGUUGAUGAAGAUGCGGACACUGGAGCGGCGAGCCAAGACGAGCGAAUUACAGCGAUUGCGCAAAGCCCAGUCCAUCCAGAGGAGACUGGAGGAGAUUGAGGUGACCUUCAAGGAGUUGGAGGACAAGGGUGUAGUGCUGGAGCGAACUCUGCGAGGAGAGGCUGGCAGCAGCGAUUCUCCUGAAAUGAUCGAGCAUUGGAUCCAGCUCGUCCACGAGAAGAAUGCAUUGGUUUCAGAGGAGUCUGACCUCAUGGUGGCGUCUCGACAGCUGGAACUUGAAGACAAGCAGAGCAUACUGGAGUUGGAGCUCAGGAAAUACAUGGAGAUGAAUGACAAGACAUCAGAGCAGCAGGCAGAAGAAGAGCGGGUCCUUCAACAGAUGAUCGAGGUGGUGGACAUGAGGGACUCCUUGGUGUCAUUUCUGGAUGAGAAGAGGCUGAAGGAGAUGAGCGAAGAGCAAGAAGCCUUCUCCAUCAGGGAGGCAAAACGGCACUCGAAGGCAGGAGCUCAGGUUCACUGGGCAGGCUGAGUGGAUAUCAGUUGCAACCCACCCCCUAGAGGGAGACAUAAGCCUGAAGAUCUGAGGCUUUGAGUUGAUGCGUCCAACAACUCUCUGGCUAAGCCGUGCCUGCCGAGAUACUGGGGUCAUGGCAACGACCACACAUGGAAAAAGACCCCUUGUGUCUGCUUCACUAUUUAACAGCCACCACACAGCAGGUAGUCAUUAACUAGCCUGGCACUUGGCCUGGUUUGGUGUAUAAAACGUGACUAAUGUGCAAAGCCAAGACUAAGCAGCAUGACAUUACAAUGGUGUGGAACCUGCGGUAUUUGGCUUUGGAGCCUUAGAGAUAAAUCUAGGUUGAAAACACAGGAUGGAAUGUUUUUUGGAAAAUACUUUGAUGUUUAUGUUUAUUUUACUUGUGACAUCAUGAAUAAGUGCUUCUGUACACAAUGACAUAAUAUACAUAUCAUAAGUCUAUAAGUAUUUGUAUAUUAAAUAAAUUUUAGAAAUGAUGGUGGAGAAAAGAACAAAGAGGUAGUUAAAAUGUUAAAAUUAUUAAAUUGUUAUUAGUAUUCAUGAUUUCAUUUUAAUUACCAAAUGUACUUCUCUUUCAUGAAUUUUGUAGCACUUCCUGCUGUUCACCAUGUCCUUUCCUGAUAGCAUGUUGGAUAGUAAAUCUCAGGGGUUGAUGGUUCAGUCCUCUGGGAUCAGAGAUGGGAUUUUCAACAGUCGGCUGCUGUUUAAGUGGUGGUGUAUUAUAUGAACACGGGAUUUGGGGGGGGGUGAAUGAGUAACAGACUUAAUGUACUGGUUCAUCUAUUUAUAAAUGCCGUCAUUUAGCAUUUGCUGGUGUUCUUAUUCAUGUGCUAGCAGAAUAGCCAAAAUCAAGACAAAGACCAGUUUGUUGUUAAUGAAAAGGAGCCUUAUAUAUUCAUUGUUCUGCUGCCAUUUUGUGCCAUCUGGAUGGCAUUUCACAGUAUAUCAAAUAAAGAUCAUGCACUUUGA